AUGUCUGGUCAUUUCUAUCAGGCUUAUUGGGAUAUUGUGGGUCCGCAAGUGGUUCAAGAAGUGACACAGUUCUUUGAUACUGGUUCUCUACCUGCAGAUUGGAAUUUCAAGCAGAUUUACCUCAUCCCUAAGAAGCCAAACCCUUCUAAAAUGACUGACAUGCUCCCCAUCAGCUUAUGUUCGGUGAUCUAUAAGGUUGUGUCUAAGGUUAUGUGCAAUCGCCUUAAAGAGUUCUUACCUGAUAUAGUCUCUGCGACACAAGGAGCCUUUGUGGCUGGGCGCUUAAUAUCCGACAACAUCUUACUGGCACAUGAGAUGCUUCAUGCAUUACGCACCAAUCCUCAAUGUGAUGAAGAUUUCGCGGCCAUCAAAAUUGAUAUGUCAAAGGCGUAUGAUCGUGUCGAGUGGCGUUUUUUGGAAGAAUUGCUUAUCCGCUUGGGAUUUGAUAUCAAGUGGGUUAAAUGGGUUAUGGUGUGUGUAAGCUCAGUAUCUUAUUCAGUUUUACUGAAUGGUUCGUCGUACGGGUACUUUAGGCCGGAGAGAGGUCUACGCCAGGGUGAUCCUCUAUCACCCUUCCUUUUCAUCCUCUGUGUUGAAGCUUUGGUCCAUAUUAUGAAUAAAGCGGAGUUGGAGGGACGGCUCACAGGAAUGAAACUCAACUCUUCCUGUCCAUCGAUCCAACAUCUUCUAUUUGCGGACGACAACCUUUUUCUUUGUCAAGCAAACUUACCGGAAUGCUUUGAGUUUCUCAAAUGUCUACGGUUAUAUGGAGCAGCCUCUGGUCAGGAAAUAAAUUUUCAAAAAUCAGCAAUCACGUUUGGUAAGAAACUGGAUCCUUAUAUGAAGCAUCUCUUAGGCUUAUAUACUGGAAUUGAACUUGAAGGAGGCAAUGGGAAGUACCUAGGACUGCCAGAGUGUUUUAGUGGCUCAAAAAAGGAUUUACUGCAGUUUAUUACUGAUAGGCUUAAAUCACGGCUGAGCGGUUGGUACGAGAAAACAUUGUCCUUGGGUGGUAAAGAGGUCUUGUUAAAUUCGAUAGCUCUUGCUCUUCCGGUCUAUGCUAUGUCAUGUUCAGGCUUAGCAAACAUCAGUGUCGACAACUCACAAGUGCAAUGUGUCAAUUCUGGUGGAAUGCAAAUGCAGACAAACAUAAGAUGCAUUGGACGUCAUGGGACAAAGUCUGUCAAUCGAAACAGAGAGGUGGCAUGGAGGUUGCUAGACGAACCUAACUCUCUGUUGGCUAGAGUUUAUAGAGCAAGAUAUUUCUCUGAUAAGUCUUUCAUGGACGCAAAGUUAGGUUACCGCCCUUCCUAUGCAUGGCGUAGUAUCAUGUUUGGUCGUGAGCUGCUGGAGAGGGGAUUAAUGAAAUCUAUUGGUGAUGGUCAGACUACUAAUGUUUGGCUAGAUAAGUGGGUCUCAUAUGGCUCUCCACGUCGACCUUUUAACAAGGAAAUUACCAUUGACCUGUGUCUAAAGUUGUCGUCGUUGAUAACAGAGGAAAGAACAUGGAACAUUCAAAGACUCCAUGAUUUGUUUCCUCCGUGUGAUGUAACUCUCAUUCGAUCCUAUCCACCAGCUCUGACGCUCCCUGAUCGUUACAUUUGGGCCUAUACGCGGGAUGGUAGGUUUACAGUUAAGAGCGGGAAUUGGUUACUCACCAAGGAAGCUAACAACCUUAGUCUGGUAGCUGAACCUGCUGCACUGUUUAAUAAGCUCAAGGAAAGGAUCUGGAAAGUACACACAGAACCGAAGAUCCAAAUGUUCCUUUGGAGAAUGUUAUCAGGUGCUUUAGCGGUCGCUGAUUGUAUGAACUCUCAUGGUGUUCAUGUUAACCCUGUUUGCCAGGUCUGUAAUGCAGCAAAUGAGACGAUAGCUCACGUUCUCUUUGGAUGCUCUCUAGCCUCUCGAGUAUGGGAGGCCACUGCUUUACCUCUUCCGUCGCAAGGAUUCUUAAACUCUAUCACAGAAAAUGUAGAGUAUAUAUUUGGUUUGAUGAACAAGAGUACCAUUUUGGAGAGGUGGAGAAAUGUUAUCCCCUUGUUACUUUGGGAAAUUUGGAAGGCAAGGAAUGUUUUUGUUUUUGAAAACAGAAACCAGGAUCAUCAUGUUUUAAUUGCUUCCGCCUUGGAGACAUCAGAGGAGUGGCUUAAGCAGCAGGCUCUCAUACUUACGGAAUCUCGGUUUGAAAAUCAUGGGAGGGGAAGCUGGACUCUUGGUUUAGUGGUGGAGCUUGGCUUCUACGGGACCAUAAUGGGGAUGUUAUGUAUCAUGCGCGAGAUGCCUUCGUUCCCUGCAAAAACAGAAUCUCGGCGGAGCUCAGUUGUGUAUUAUGGUGUCUACAAAGCCUGA